GAAUAAGCUCCUUGACUUAGUCCAUGAUAAGAUAAGACGAAUGUUAUUGUUAUUAUAAGGUUCCAUGUUGCACUGCAACUGAAAAUAAGCAACAAUGGGAGAGGUUAAAGUGCUUGGGUUUUGGUCUAGCCCUUUCGUUCAUAGGGUGAUAUGGGCUCUGAAGUUAAAGGGCAUUAGUUAUGAGUACAUAGAGAUUGACAGACACAACAAAGGCGACCUACUUCUGCAAUCCAAUCCAGUUUACAAGAAAGUCCCAGUGCUUAUUCAUGGAGGCAGAGCCAUUCCAGAGUCUAUGGUCAUCCUUGAAUACAUCGAAGACACAUGGCCACAUAACCCAUUGCUGCCAAAAGACAACCAUCAGAAAGCCUUAGCUCGCUUUUGGAUUAAAUUUGGAGAAGAUUCGAUCGCCUCUAUCACUGAUAUGUUUCUCCGACCUUACAAAGAUGAACAAGAAAGAGCAAGUGCAUGGAAAAGAGCACAAGAAACUAUAACAGUAAUCGAAGAGCAAGGUCUAGGGGAGAAGAAAUUCUUUGGAGGCAACAACAUUGGAAUGGUGGACAUAGCAUAUGGAUGCCUAAGCCAUUGGUUGGAAGGCUUGGAGGAAAUUGUUGGGUUGAAAUUAAUUGAACCCAACAGAUUUCCUCGGUUGCAUGCGUGGACACAAAACUUCAAACAAGUUCCUGUCAUCAAAGAAAACCUUCCGGAUUAUGGGAAACUGUUGAUACAUCUUCAAUGGCGCAGGCAGCAAUAAGUCACAAAACAGUAGAAUAAACAACUCAAAAGAGGUAAUGGAAUUGUGGUUAUAGUCUGACCGUGUGUUCAAACUUGAGAAAUUUCAAUGAAAAAAUGAAAUAUAUAAUAUUUGAACGAAAUAAAAUUGAAUUCUCU